GCCCAUCUCACUCACGCAUUCUCACCACCACGCACGACCAUGUCAAUGCUCUCUUCUCACUUUCCUUCUCUUCUUCUUCUUCUUCCUCCUCUUCUGCUACUCAUAUCCUUCGCAACCCCAACGUCCUCCUCCUCCUCCUCCUCCUCCUCCACCCAGGCUUUCGUCUAUAGCAGUUGCUCUCAGGCUAAGUUCAUGCCGGGCUCUGCCUAUGGGUCUGCCGUCAGCUCCCUUCUCACUUCCAUCGUCAACGGCGCCAUGAUCUCCUCCUACAACAACCUCACCGUCCCUUCCUCCUCCGCACAAAACACCCCCAUCUACGGCCUUUUCCAGUGUCGCGGUGACCUUGCCGCUGCCGAAUGCUCCCGCUGUGUUGCCCAGGCUGUCUCCCAGCUUGGCACCAUCUGCCCCGACUCCACAGGCGGCGCCUUGCAGCUCGACGGUUGUUUCGUUAUGUAUGAUGAUUCCGAGUUCUUGGGCGUCGAGGACAAGACUUUGGUCGUUAAGAAAUGUGGGCCUUCCACUGCGUUUACUUCGGAUGGGUUGACUCGAAGAGAUGCUGUGCUGUCGUAUUUGGAGACGUCCGAUGGGGUGUACAAGGCAUUUAGAACGACUAGCUUGGGGAAUUUGCAGGGUAUAGCGCAGUGCGUAGGGGAUUUGAGUGCGACCGAUUGCCAGGAUUGCCUCUCAAAUGCGAUCGGACGGCUAAGAGAAGAGUGUGGGCCCGCUCAGUGGGGUCGGGUAGGCUUGGCCAAGUGCUAUGCGUGCUACUCCGAAGGUGGAGAUUACUCGCCGAUGAAAACG